AUGCCAUUUAAAUUCAAAAAGAAAGGUCUGCGACGGGAAAUUCCUAAAGAUGUGAUAUUACGAGCCAUAGAAGAGAUAUCAAAAGGAUCAAAAAUAAAAACAACGGCUGAUAAAUGUAAAAUUCCUAGAUCAAGUAUGCAACGGUACCUUAAACAAGAUUCUAUAAAGGAUUCUUCGCAUAGAUUUAUAACCUCACAAAUUUUCACCGACGAAGAAGAACAAAAAUUAUCAAAUUACAUAAUACCAACUUCAACUCAAGUCAUUCCAGAACACCCUGAAAGAGAAAAUCAAAAUGAAGCAGAUCCUGUUAAUUUGAAUAACAUUGCUGUCGCCAAUUCUUCCUCAUCAUUUGCUACAGAUCAAAUAACAAUUGAAGUCGCUGAAGUUGUAACCCCUGAAAUAGUAAGACCAUACCCAAAGGCUUGCCCAAGAAAACUGAUUAAAAAUGCAAGGAAGAAAGCAAAAACAAGAAUAUUGACAGACACACCUGAAAAAAGACUAAUAGAAUUAGCAGAACAAGAAAAGCAAAUCAAGAGCAAGGCUAAGAAAGAGAGGCAGGAAAAAAAGGUUCUUAAAAACACAGGGGAAAAACAGAUUCCUAAACUUCCAUCAGAACUAACAUCGAAUAGAGUAAAGAAGAGGCAAAUGAGCAGUAGUGAUAGCGACAUAGAAAAUGUUUUAAUCACUGAUAGUUCUGAGGGAUCCUUUGCUGAAGACACGUCCGAAGAAGAGUAA